CAUACUAAAAAUGUGGUUAUCAAAGAGGAUGGAGAUGGUGUUAGAGCCAUUAUUACGGAUUUUGGACUUUCAAAAGUUCUUCCUCGUAAUAGCAAAUCAGAUCAGAAAAUAGGAGGAUGCGCACCAUUUAUAGACCCUAUGAUAUUGGAUUGUAAUGCAACACAUGAUUACAAGUCUGAUAUAUAUAGCCUUGGUGUAAUUUUGUGGGAAAUCACAAGCAAUGGUCGACCUCCAUUAGAAAAAUUUGAAACCGACCUUAGAAUUGCGUACCAAACAGUGAAGGGAACACGAGAGAAACCAAUAAAUGAGUCAACUGCCUCCUAUGUUAAACUUUAUACAGAUUGCUGGAAUGGGGAUCCUAAGUUGCGACCAGAAAUUAAUCAGGUGUAUGAAUCAAUACAUCAAGAAGACAUAAUAUCAGGUGAAGAAUGGAAAGAUUUACCACAAAGUUGUGAUUCACCACAAAGUAGUG